ACUCCUUGCUGCCGCAUGACAGAAAAGAAAGUUGGGCCAGGCGCUCGAUAACUAUUUAAACCAAAGGACUGUGCGCCAGGACCUCUUCGAGUGCGCGAGCAGGCAGCUUAGGUCCCGCAACCCGCAGGAGUCGCAGCAGCCAGAGCUGAAUUGUGCUUUCCAGCUGGUUACGUUACCCUGGCAACCAGCAAGAAGUACAACAAACGACGGUGCUGGAAGUUCCAGCUACUUGGAGAUCCAUUCCCACAAUCCAAACUUACAAACCAAACUGCAGUACUGGGACAUACUCACCCUGAUCCUUCACGUGCAUACGGAGUGCUUAAAAUGGCGUACUCAGUGACGCCACAUCGGGCCAACCUGGUGCUGCAGAUGCUGCUGCAGGCCAAUACCUAUGUGUCCAUGGUGUGGGCCAUGAGCUACAUGAUCCACAUGCUCAUACGCCUGAAUCACUUGUGGAACCUGGAGGGCCUGUCCAUGCUCGUGGCCUACGUCUUGGCGGUCUCCGCUGAAUCGGUGCGCCUGUACGCCGGCUACUCUGUGAACCUGUGCUCUGGCGCCACUGCCAUGUGGCUGCUGCUCACAGUGACACCCUGCAUUCUGCUGCCCGCCAUGGUCUUUCUUCGCCUCUCAGCUGCCGGCCGCAGCUUAUGGCUACGCAUCAUCACGAACGCCGUGUUCGCGCUGAUAGUUCUCGAGGUGAUUGUGUCCCUGGUGCACUUUGUCAUCUGCAAGCCGGGCGGUAAGAUGUCACUGCCACUGGAAGUGGAGGAGCCGCCUGAGGAGGAGGAGGAGGAGGAGCAGCAGUCCGCCAGUGCGGGAACGCCCACGGGCAAUGAGCAAAAGCGCCGCGUGCGACGCUCCCCGGAAUCGAAAUGAUGAGCCGAACAGCUGGUUUAUAAGUGAGGCUCUGAGGUUUACUUGGACAUUGGCAUAAAUAAUAAAGUAGGAUAAGCUAUUUAAGCUAAGCUAGGCUAGGGGAACGAUGCGAUCAUCGCCGAUCACACCUUCCGUGCAUCGUCCAAAUUGUGCGCCUUCAGCAGGGCAUCGAUCGAGUCCAGAUGGGCGCGCAUCCGCGGCAGAAAGCUGGUCAGCACCUCGAUGUUCUCCGCCUGGGCGUCUCCCUGACCCAGCAGCUGGCUGCGCGUGGGCACCCAGCUGUAGAUGAUCUGCAAGCGAGCAAACAAUUUUGCAAUUAGCCGAAUGAAGGCAUCGAAAUGGAAUGGAUUGGUCGGUGAAGCACCCACCUUGAUUGUGCUCUGGACGAUGAAGCCGUGGUAGGGCUUCAGGGUGCGCUCGUAGGCGUCCUGCAGGUGUUGCUUCAGUGCCUCCUUGGCCUGGGCAUCGUUGUAGAUGUUCUCGAAGAAGGUGCAGAUGAGCUGGAGGCCGCGCUUCAGCCAGAGCAACGCAUUGGCCGCAAAGUCGUCCACGUUCACAUUCAGCACAAUCAGAUCCUCCAGAUACUGGUACUUGACCACAUCUGCUCCGUAGGCUUUCGUCAGUUUCUGAAAUGGCAAUAAACGGCAAUGAAAAUGAGUUCAA